GAGACGUGGAACAGCCAGACUGCCUUUGAGCUCCAUGCCAUCCAGACACUGAUCCACCGGCACACACUCAACACCACCAUGUAACACAGCAACACACUCAGCCGCCACGGGUUGGUCUAUAACACGCCGACGUCGCCAUGGAGGGUGGACUCAUUAUUACUUUCAUAUCGGUGGCGAUGUUUGUCGGUUGUUUCCUACUUGGAUUCAUCCCGCUGCUGUUCAGACUGUCCGAGAAAAGCCUGCAGCUGAUAACUGUCCUCGGGGCUGGACUCCUGUGUGGCACCGCACUGGCCAUCACCAUCCCAGAGGGAGUGGGUUUACUGGAGGAGUCAUGGAUUGCCUCCUCCUCCUCCUCUGAUGGGCCGUACUCUCUGAAUGGCAGCGACAAAAACACAACCUCCACAGAGAGAGGCCGUCCGCCUCGCUUCUUCAUCGGAGUGGCUUUAACGCUGGGUUUCACCUUCAUGUUUGCAGUGGAUCAGAUUGCAAGUUACAUCUCCAUGCGUGACCAAGCAACACAGCUGCACAGAAGUGUCGGCGUCACAGCCACGUUGGGGCUGGUGAUUCACGCUGCAGCCGAUGGAUUUGCUCUCGGCGCUGCUGUGUCCACGGGUCAAGUGACUGUGCAAGUCAUAGUAUUUUUUGCAGUAAUUCUACACAAGCGGAGCUUCCCUCUUAUCUCCCAGGCGCCCACAGCUUUUGGUUUGGUCUCGUUUCUGAUGCACUCAGGACUCGAGAGGAAGUACAUCCAGGGACACUUGCUGGCCUUUUCAGCUGCGUCACCUAUAGUUGCCAUCACCUCUUACUUCAUAUUACAUGCAUCUGGCAGCUCGCCUCAGAACCAGCUCAGCUCCACAGGCGUGGGAAUGCUCUUCUCAGCUGGGACUUUCCUUUACGUGGCCACAGUGCACGUUCUCCCGGAGAUCAGCAGCGCCAGAGCAGACCGGGGCCAGCCCUCCUCUGACCCCCAGCAGCCCACUGCCGGAGCUGAGACCCACCAGCGGCACCACGUGGGGCUCCUGGAGAGCAUCACUCUCAUCUUUGGGGUCAUGCUCCCCAUGGUGCUGGCACUCGGGCUGCAUGACGACUGAAAAGAAGAAAAGAAAAGGCACAGUGCCACCGCACCUGAGGGGAAAGACUGUGAGCACCUUUCUAGCCUAGUCUGUAAGCUUUAGAGGAAAUACAAUAUGACUGGGACGGGGGGUUUACUUUGGUGUGUUCUCUGUGAAACUACACUUUGUGUCCAGCUUUUAUUUGUUUAUCAGAGGUUUAUUACAAGACCUUUUUAGUCAGUAUAAAGAAUCUGAUGGCAAAUAUGUCGUCCUCUGUUGCCUGAGUUUCCAUUACAAGAAACAUUAUGGGAAACAGAAUAGGCUUCAUUUGUUGCCAAAGCUGAGGACAGGGCCUGUUCAGCGGUGAAAUCCCAGUAAGUCGAUAGAUUUACAGGAACGACCGGAUCACAUGAUACUGUCUGUUACACCAAAGAUAAUAGAUCUGGGCCAGGCUAUUUUUUUGGGGGGUUUCUUCCUUGUUUUGUUGUUUAGUCUGGAGCUCAGUUUUUCUCUUUUAUUAAUGUGCAAUAAUAGUCUACACGUGAGAAAGGAUGUGAAACUUUCGUGUGAUUAAAUAGAAGUUGUAGUUUUUAACGUGAGAUUUUUAACUGCCUUUUGGACGCGUGUCGGAACAUGUGUAACCAGGGGUGGCAUUGUCUGUCCAGACCAGCCCACUACAUUAUCAGCGGACACCACAUAGAAGUCCACAAAUCUCGCGGCGUCUUCUCCCAUGCAUACUACUGUUACCACCUAGCUCGAAGAUGGCAACAAGAAGGGAGGCCACACACAAACCUCUCAAGCCAAAAGUAAAUUUAUUUAACUCCAAAUCAAGAUAGCUCUAACAAUGUAGUGGGAUGUGUAAAAUAUGUUACGCGUCAGUGGUGUUAACAGUGUUGAAUGUGUGAAUAUAAGGUGUGAUGUAUGUUGUAAGGUGCAGAAGCAAAGAAAAACAAAGGCUGAGGGCACCAUGCCCCUGGAAGCAGCCUUUAGAUCUGCAGCUGAAGCCCAGCCCAAAAGGGCCGGCCCGGGGUGACGCCCCUGCCAGCUCUACCUUUGUCUGGAAAACAACUUCUCAGGCUCUCACAUGUCAAGUGGUCAACUUGAGAAGGACAUGGAUACAUUAUAAUGUCUCUAAUCAUCACAAAUUAAGUAUGAUUUCAUAAAACAUAAAAAAUGAUAAACUCACCAGACUAGAGGAGGCUCAACAGACAAACUUUGGUACAGUGAAGGCAGAGAGUGGAGGCAGACAGAGAGCAAGUCCUCGAACAUGGACAGAGGGGGAACAACUCCUCAGGCUCUCACAUGUCAGCUCUUAGCUAGCUUAUCAAAAUCAUCUGAACAAUAAUAACCCAUAAUAUCACAAUUCGGCAUAUUAAAACAAAAUCAAAAACGUUUUCUACUUUGUUUUGGACAUGUCUCAAAAAUGUAGCCUAGCCAGCUCCAGGCCAACGUUACUUGCCAUGUCUGCCUCCACUCGCUCAUCAUUGUCGAGUCCUCCUCGCUCGUCUCCCAAUUGGAGGGAAUUUAGAGAGGAAGAAGAGAAAAGAAAAAAAAACAUAGUGGACCAGACCGGCCCACCCCUGUGUAUAACAAUAUUUAUGAAGUCUGUAGGUCUGCUAGAUGAUAUGUGAGUCAGCUGGACACACGUGUCACUGAAUUUAUGAUCAUGUCACUUUGGGUUUUUAUCAAUUUUGAUGAUUCCCUUUAUUUCUUCAGUGAGUGCAGACAUUUAUAUGAAAUAAAACACGCAUGGUUCUGUUAGAA